UGUUUCUUUCGUAACAAAAUGGCGGCGUUACAAACUUUAUAAAUACCAAAGUAAUUAUAUGAACCGGCUUCAAACGCUAAUUUCUAAUGUGUUUUUUUACGUUAAAAUGAUAUUUUUAACGGUUUUAAUUUAUAAAUAACUUAGUAAACCGUAUUUUUUUUUUUAGCUUACUGCGCCAUAUUGUUUUUUAUAUCCAUAUACUGUACUGUACUUAUAUGUAGUUGCAUUUCAUUAAAGUUUGAACAAUGUAAAGGAUAAAUGAAGAAAGAAUCAUCAUGAUACUUGGCAAAGAACAUCCGAAGCUAACAUUCUUCCGGCCGAAGGUGAAACCAUCUCUACAUUCGGCACUUCCGUGCUUGGUGGAACUUUAGGUGCUAUAAUGAAAUGUUUCAGACUGUUAUUAUGUUUAGAAUUUUUAUGUCUAAGUAUACAAAAGAAACAUUUUGCAAGUAUGAAAAUCAUGAUAAUUUGCAUCCAUAUAUAAAUAGGUGGACCUUAUUGCUAUUUUUAGAUGUUUGUAGCCAGAGAAGAGCGUUUAAAUCAUUAAUUUAACCUUUAGAGAUGUAUGGAGUGAUGUAUAAUCCGCAGUCACGAAACUAUAAGCAUUGGAAAUUUAUAACAUAAAUUCAAUACCGUGUGGAAUUAAACAAUACAAAUCAUUGUGACGGACAAAGAAACAUUGUUCUUACAUCAGACGAAGAAGAAAUAUGAAAAAUAUAAGUGAAAUUUGUUGAAUUUGAAGACAAUAAACGAGGUGACAAUUCGUGAUAUUGAUAAAAUUCAUUAAGGAUUAGUCACAGGAAGGUGAAUCGUAGGAAUCAAUAGGAGGGAUUUUUAUGCAGUAAAUCAUUAGUUAUGGCACGUGUCGAGUCGAUAUCAAGGAAUCUUUCUAGGAUUUUCCAGAAAGAUCUAAAAGGAAUUUUACUAUUCACGUCAAGAAUCCGAUCGUUAUGGAUCCCCCAAGGAUUGCUGAGAGGAGAAAUGAUAAAAGAAGAGACACUUCAAUAAAAUACAAGUUUGAAACAUCCUCUGAUAAUUAAAAACUUCGAAAAAAACUUUCGACUGUUGAAGAUUUUCUAAGUUUUGGCCAUUUAAAAUUGCCAGGAAACAUGUGAUCGGCCCCCCAACAUCAAUGCAGGCCCCCUACACCCGAACACAUAUAGAUUCUUAGAAAGAUCAAGGAAAAAUCAAGAUUUCGUUGGAAAAUGCCGCCAUUAAGCAGACAGCAAUAUUGACAAAAAUAUCAAAAUCUGAGAUAAGUAAUCUACAAAAAAAUCGUGUGGGACGUAAUAAGAUUAUAUUUUGAACUUUUUUUACAGGUAGAAAUACCUGACUAAAAGAAAAAAUCACGUUUGGAUGUCUUAGAAUCCAGCGCCAUUUUUGAAAAUCAUUAAGAGAAAUCGAUCAUUUGAUAAAUGAUGAAAAGGUCAGAUGAUGCUGUCAUUUAAAUAUAUUUUAUUUAGUCUAGAACUUAGUUUCUUAGACGAUAUUUUCGAAAAAAAAAAACAUUUUUUAUUCAUUUAAAUAUAGAAAUAAUUCCGUCAUUAUCAUUGGUUUGUAGCUAUAAUUACGUCUUAUUCAAGAAUAUGUUAAGUACUGUACAUGAAAUCCCGCCACGAUAGUAAAAAAAAUUAAAAUUUUGUAAGGUUUACAUGAAUUAGAAGGGCUGAAGAUACAAAGUUAUUAUUAUUUGAAAGGAACACUAUGAAUAAAUAAAAGAUAAAAUUAAUCAAAACUACGCGAUAAAUUAAGAAAACGUUAGAAAAUGGCAUUGACAGAUCGUUAUAAAUCCCUGGAGCUUAGUCCAAGACGUCUGUAAUCCUGCUAUUGUCUCCUCAUCAAGCAUUUGUUUUCUGAAACCUUCUCUAAGCAAUUAGUGAUGAAAGGGGAAAAAAUGCCAUUUUCUACUCACAUAUGAAAAGAAGGUUUGUUUAUUUAACUUAUAUUAUUUUUCUUAAUUUUUUUCUUUGAAAUUCAAUAUAAAAUUCGUGAAAUUUUACGUCCGAACAUAAAGAAAACAUUACUAGUUUCAUAUGUUUAAAUUGCAAAGUGUAAAGGUCAAACUGACAAUAUAGUUUCAAUAACGGACUUCUUCUACUCGAAAGAAAACUUGCUGGAAAUAGCAUCUUUUCACGAAAUGAUGCCAUUUAAUUCAACAGUAACAGUUGAAAGAGAUAAAUCCGAUAUUAUUACAUAAAUCUGGAGAUUGUUACCUUCGAGUAAGAGAUUUCCAUCACAUUUCUCUUGGGCAUCCUCGCCAGAAGAUAUCGUUCCACUUCCACUAACUUGUUGUAGAAUAAUUCGUAAAGGGAAUCCAUAUUUCUUCUUAAUUCGUCUUUGUUUAAAUUGUUUAAAAUAUUUUAAAAUGGAACGAAAAAACCGUAUGGCAUUCCUCAGACUCGGACAAUCCUUAACGGAAGACAGAAGAGAAGUAUACAAGGUCGCUGUUUUGGGUGCCGAGAACGUUGGAAAAACUGCUUUAAUUGUUAGAUUCCUGACAAAUAAAUAUCUUUCCGAAUAUUCCCAUUGCGGUAAUGCUACUUAUGAGAGAAACAUCACCAUCGAUGGAAGAGUAAUUGCUAUUAAUGUUUUCGAUGCUUCUGGCAAAGAAACAUUUAUAGGAUUAAAAAGGCACGGAAUGUUGGAGGGUAUAGAAGGAUACGUUGUGGUUUAUUCUAUUGUUGAUAAAAGGAGCUUUUUUAAAGCCAGAGAACUAUUGAGAACCAUUCAGAUCAUAGAUAAACGAGCAGCAAUCGCCUUAAUUGGUAACAAGGAAGAUCUCAUUCAUUUAAGGACUGUAAGCGGAAAUGAAGGUUAUAAAGAAGGGAUUAAAUAUUCGAGAUGCACUUUUCACGAAUGUUCAGCAGCUAAAGAAGCUGAAAAUGUUAAAAUUGCUUUCCAAACAUUUUUUAGACAGGUAAUCCAAUCGAAAGAAGAUCGCCAGCAAUAUUACAGCAAUAAUAAUAACAAUAAUAAUAAUUUUCCGCAGCCAAAUUUACGAAGAAACACAAUUAGUAAUUUCACUUUAUCAACUUGGUUGAGAAGAUCUCGUUUCGCUUCAACCAAUACUAAAACCAUUAAAAAACCAAGAACAUUUACUAUGUAAACAAUU